AGAAGGAAAACAUUUUCAUUUCAAGGUGAUAUUUUCCAUGUCAAUCAAACAUACUCUAAAUGUUUUCGUCGGGAUGGCAUAUUCUAGCCAGUGCUAAGUAAUAUCAUUGCAAUAAUAAUGCAUCAUUUUAUUAAUGUAACAUAAGAAUUCUUUCUUCUUGCGACAAAAUAAUUUUAUAAUCCCACAAAUUUUUUUAAAUUAAAGCAAAGUCAUCCUGGUUGUCCUAGAAUAUUGGCCUUCCUUAUCUAACUCAAUUUAACCUUCUCCUCCCCACAUUUUACCUUAUUUUUUCCAUUUCUGUGCAUAAGGGUUUCAGCCAUUCAAGAUUUCGUACUACAAAAUCGAAAGGAGGAAGAAAUAAUCAUUUUAAAGUAUGAAUACUUCUUGGGGCAAAGAACCUUUAAAGGUUGAAGAUGAGAGCCUACCUUUGAGUACUGAUGCUGAGGAAGAAGCUAAAUCCUCCAAAGAUUUGAAUACUGAAGAGGAAAUCGAAGAAUUUCCUACUGAGGCUAAUAAAGAAAAGCGCUAUAUUGGAGUGAGGAAACGGCCAUGGGGAAAGUAUGCUGCUGAGAUAAGGGAUUCCACAAGGAAUGGAACAAGGGUUUGGCUUGGAACUUUUAACAGUGCGGAAGAAGCAGCUUUGGCCUACGAUCAAGCUGCAUUUACAAUGCGCGGAGAUUCAGCACUAAUAAAUUUUCCCAUAGAAAAAGUGAAGGAAUCCCUUAGAAACGUGAAUUACAUGUGCAAGGGUUUAUCACCAGCUGAAGCCAUAAAAGAGACUCACAGGGCUCGGAGUUCGUCAAAACACAAAGGACAAAAGAAAAAAAUUAGUAAAGAAGAAGACAUUUUAGUGCUUGAGGACUUGGGAUCUGAUCUACUGGAUGAACUACUAUCAAAUAGUUGAUUUGUAAGUAAACAGAAAUAUCGUCUACAUCUUUGAAUUAAUUUGUCUAUUUUCAUAAAGUUUUCGUUUCAUUUUGUGGUUCUUGCUUGAACCUACAUCUGCGAAUUAAUUUCAAAUCCAUUCAAAUUAAACUUAUUGUCCCUUAGUAUUUUUACACUCCAAAUUAAUAGUUCUUUGAAGUCGAAAUCUAUAUGAAAAUAUAUCAGUCAAUUCAAAUGGAUUUUUCUCGAUUUCUGAUUUUCCAAAAGCCUGGCAAGCACAUCAUGAACUUCAAUUUUGGAUUUUUGGUUACAAAAUUAUAGAAACUUUUGUUUUCCAUUUCUCUUGAAUGCAAUUUAUUUCAAAAUUAAAAGUGUGAAGCUCACAUUAGUGAUCAUCACUCAUCAGCAUAAUGAUUUUGUAAUAAACUUUGUGUCUACUAUGAAUGAUUUAAAUGUUACUGUUGACAUUAUUUACCAUUUCCUUUGGAUUUCAAAAUGUAUUUGUAUGUCUUCAUCUUAAUAGAUGGAAUUCAAGUUGACUCUUGAAACUCUAUAACAUUAUUAUCCAUUGUCUAUAUUAUCUAGUUCUCAAUUGGAAA